CACACACACACACACCAGUUCACUCGAGUCUCCAGGUCUGGCACUUGGGUUGUUGGCUGGUUUGACGGACCAGUUGAGUCUGAGCAGUCGACGCGGUUGGUACGUGAAAUUCGGCCUUCAUCCACGUGUGUACUGCGACUAUAAGCUUUUAUAUUCGCUUUGGCAGACGGAAACUGCGUUCAUCUUCUCUCUCACGAAUCGACCAACAGAUUCUUGCGUCAACAUUUCUUUCCUUUAUUUUGGGGGGUUUCUUUUCUUACAGUUGGUGCUAGAGUUUGAUGGGUUCGACUCCGACGAGUUGAUGAGUGUGACAUUUGAGUUCAAUUCUUUGUUGGUUUUGUAUUAACGUGGGAAAUUGAGAUAGAAUCGCUAGUGUGGCUAGUGAGUUGGGUUCAUUUCUGGUCCUGCCGACGUUUCGUUGGUUUUCGCAACAGCCAUGACUGACGUCAUCAUGGUGGAUGGCAGCGUCGGAGCUUCCAAUAAUACCAACAACAAUUUACCUCUCAACAUGAACAACAGUGUCAUCAGCGUGACUAUGGCGGCAGCGGCAGCGGCGGCGGCAGCAGCUGCUGCUGGCGGCACAACUUCGCCAACGUUGGGAGGCACGUCGCCCGUCUCUGCCGCGGCCGCGGCCGCCGCGAUGAUGAUGAUGCAACCGCCAGCCUCUUGUUCCUCGUCGUCUUCGUCUUCGUCGUCGACGUCGGCCUCGGCGGCCGCCGCUGCCGCCGCCGCUGCAGCGGCCAACACGCAAAGUGUCGCCGAUUAUUUGGCGCAGCUUCUCAAAGACAAGAAACAAUUGGCCGCCCUGCCCAACGUAUUUCAUCAUGUCGAACGACUGCUCGACGAAGAAAUAGGAAAGGUGCGCGGCAAUCUGUUUCAAAUCAAUGGGACUGAGAAAAAACCCAUGGUGCUUCCGGAUGCUGUUGGUGCCGCUGUGAAUCUCUCAGAAAAAGUCUACGUUCCUGUCAAAGAGUUUCCCGACUUUAAUUUCGUCGGCCGCAUUUUGGGACCACGUGGCAUGACAGCUAAACAACUUGAACAAGAAACGGGUUGCAAGAUUAUGGUGAGGGGGCGUGGAUCUAUGCGCGACAAGAAAAAGGAGGAACAAAAUCGGGGCAAGCCAAAUUGGGAACACUUGAACGACGAACUUCACGUUCUCAUCACAGUUGAAGACACAGAAAACCGUGCGAAAGUUAAGCUGCAGCGCGCCGUGGAUGAAAUAAGAAAGCUUCUUGUUCCAGCCCAGGCGGACGGAGAAGACGAACUAAAAAAACGACAGCUUAUGGAAUUGGCGAUCAUAAAUGGAACUUACCGAGAUCCAUCAGCCAAACUUGGUCAACCUGGAAGUGGUGUUGGAGGAGGGGUCGUUAGUGGAGUUGGCGUGGGAGGUGGCAAAGGGGCUGAUCUGCUCAGCAUAUGGUUCUAUGAGACACAGAUGCUUCAGCAGUUCGCGAGCCGUCCUCCUUCUCCCGCCAUCAAUUCGUAUGCCCCUCGUUUGUUGCAGCCAGGAGUUGGGCUAGGCUCACCAGGUGGACUACGAAAUCCUUCAGCGGGUGCCUCACAGCUUGAGUACUAUUUCAACCAAGCGUCAUCGAAAGAUUCGUGGAACGGUAUAGCUGGAGCUCCUCUCAUUCUCUCGCCACGAGGGAUGCAACAUUCUUCAGCCGCUUCAUCCAUGGCAGCUCUUCUCAAUUCAGCUGCAUCGGGAGGACCACCUCCACUUAUCAGUGCUGCAGACGCCGCUGCUGGAUUGCUCUAUUCACCUUAUGCUGCCGCUGCUGCCGCUGAAUAUUCCAACUACGCAGCUGCGGCCGCCGCCGCCGCUGGCCUGUCAUCUCAACUGUUGGCAGAAUACCAGACGGGCGUGCCGUCAUCCAACGACGGCACCGCUGGAGGCGCUAGUGGGAAGCUGAGACGCCAUCUGGGCUCGCAAGGGCGAGAGCAUCCUUACCAAAGGAACGACCUCAACUAACAAGCCAACCAACAACUACCACCCAAAAACAAACCAAUCAAAAACAAACAAAAAUCCAACCCAACCAUCCAGCAGUUGUCCCAGAUAUUCAGGCCAGGUGCGUUGCCUCUUCCAACCAAACCUUAACUUACUAAUACUAACAUCUUAUAUAUAUAUAUAGACAUUUACGCACAAAACCAAUUGUGUUGUGUUUUAAACGUGAGAGUUCGUGUAAGCCAAGCGUCGGAGCUAGGUGCGAAUUACUGUUGAAAUGUCGCUUUGAUCAAUUUGUCGGUAAAUUUGCCUUAAUUUUAAAGCUAUCAAUGCUGUUUCGUGCAUUCAAGGCGAACGUUCUGUGUAAAAAUGAUUUGGCUCGUCUCUGUGAAGUUAGGUUGCGUGUUUCGUUACUUCAAAUGUUUUAUUGCUGUUUGCAAUAUAACGAUGAUGACAGAUGCAGUUUAUCCCGUUAUUAAGAACUUCACACACACACACCAAAUCCGGUGCCCUACACGUUCAUUCGCUCGUGGCCAUUUUCUCAUUUCACUACCGCCCGUAAACAAAUCCAUCUUCAAUCUUGCAAGUUGUUAGGGCGAGAGUGCAAUCAUUGAACAAAGUUCGUGCUUUUUCCUCAAUGUGUUAAAGGCUCGCUAAAGGGCGAAUUACAAAAAGGACAGUGGAAAUCUGCUUCAUAAAAAUGUGCAACAUGGCAUAUGUUAAAUUCAGGCCGGCAAGCUCGCUUUCUCGUUAAACGAAUCAAUUAUUUUUGGAUUUUUUAAAAUUAUAGUAUCACUGAUAUCUUACUACCGAACUGAAUGAAACAACAUACAAAUGGUCUGAACUUUGAAUGUACUUGUCAACCUUGUAAUUUUCCUCGAAAACUAAUUCAUUAACCGGCGUUAAUUGAACGUUUAUUAGCUGAAGAUUGAAGCAGGUGGCAACCAAGAAUCAAAUAAUUUCGACAGCUAAAAUUUAAGAUCUGUUUGUUAUCCGAGUGUCGUGUUAUGUUUCUCGUGUUUCAUGUACAGUUUCAAAUUGCAUUUAAGUCAUUCUAUUUUCUUUAAAACGUUUUUACUACUUUCAGUUUAGCUGUAUCGCAUUCGAACUCUUGUUGGACCGUUUCGAGUGUUUUUCUUUUUCUUUUUUUUUAUGGCGAAGACCAUUGUUUGUCUUUCGUGUCAUUUGAUUUGCAGAGAAAACAUCCGAAGUACUUAGUGCCAAUAUUUACUAUUAUAUAUAUAAUGAAUAUAUAUAUAUAAUUGUUUCAGCCAAAUACAGUGGUAUGCCUUUCUAAAAA